AUGACAAAAAUGGGUGACGAUGUUCUUUCAAACAAACAAGAAAUAUCAUUUGGAGAUCAAAACGACGAAAUUGAUAUUGGAGUUGAAACUCGUGAAUUGCUGUGUGUUGGAAACGGUUCUAAGAGUCGUUUAAAAGUUCAAAUUUCAACAAAAACAGAUACAAAUAAAUACACGAUCAGAACUGAACCACAAAUUGUUACUCUUAAAUGUGGUUUUGCAUGCGAAUUUGAAAUAUUUUUAACACCAUAUUGCACUAUGCAACUAAUAGAUGAAAUUAUAAUAAUUGCACUUGAUUUGACAACAGGCAAACAAAACACAACUUCAAUUAAAAUAACAGCACAAACAAAGAACUCCACACGACUGGAUUAUGAUGAAAUAAUAGAAGAAAAGAAACUUGGCGAAGGGUCAUUUGGAAUCGUGUAUCAAGGGACUUAUAGAGGAAAUGUCGUUGCUAUAAAAAAGAUGAAACAAAUAACAAACGAAACAAAUAAACUCUCUGAAUUUGAAAAAGAAGUUGAAAUGUUGGACAAAUUUCGAAGUGAGUAUAUUGUCCACUUUUAUGGAGCUGUUUUAAUACCAAAUAAAAUAUGUAUGGUCACUGAAUUUGCACAUUUUGGAAGUUUGCAAGACUUGAUUCUAAAUGUAAAUAAUGAACAAAUUAAAAUGAAUAUGCGACUUAAAAUGAUUUUAGAUGCUUCUGAGGGGAUUUUAUAUCUUCAUGAAAAUGGGAUAUUACAUAGAGACAUCAAGCCAGACAACAUUUUAGUAUUUUCACUUGACUUAAACGAUAAAGCAAAUGCAAAACUAACUGAUUUUGGGAGUGCAAGAAACAUUAAUUUACUAAUGACAAACAUGACAUUUACAAAAGGUAUUGGAACACCAAAGUAUAUGGCGCCUGAAAUAUUGGAAGGUUUAAAAUAUACAAAAAGCUCAGAUGUGUUUUCUUUUGGAAUUACUAUGUAUGAAGUGUUUGGGUGGUGCGACGCAUAUCCAAAACAAUCAUUUAAAUUUCCAUGGAAAAUAGCUGAGUUUGUUAUGUCCAAAAAACGUCUUGUUAAAAAAGAAAGCAUCCCAGAUGGUCUGUUUGUAUUAAUACAAAACUGUUGGAAGCACAACAAAACUGAGAGAAUUGGAAUCAAAGAAGUAACAAAUAUACUUGAAAAAAAAAGAUUUUAA